UUGACGAGGCGGUUCGGCCGUGAGGCUCAGCAAAGGCGUGGGAGAGUCUCGGCAACCACGAGUGUACGGACACCGGGGAUCUCCGACAUGGCUAGGUCAUGUGUUGGGUGGUUGGAACUCAAGUCAGCCUUUGGUGGCCAGGACAAAAUGGCUGGACGGAAAGAUUUGAUGAAUAAAGUUUAUCGGCGGCGUGCACAGUUGCGCGCGGGCAGUCCACAUUAUGCUAGACUGGCGAGUGUAGGGGUGCGACUCGCCAACCACCGACGGGACGACAACUUUCUCCAACAACAGGACCGGCAAAUCACUGGCCAAGGUCAGAAAGUCAACGGUGUACACUGGUGUACAGGUAAACCCACUGGAACCGGUAACUAG